CAUCAUCAUAAUGCCUCGACAGGAUCUGAGGUGUGUCCACUCAAGUGGAAAGAUAAACACUUCUUCAUUGCACUGCGUGUGGAAGGUGAAGAUAAAUUGGUGGAACUCCCACGACUCUCUAGUAAGUUACCCACCGCAGAGGAAGUGAUGGCCUACUGCGCCGCCCACGCCGAACAACACCAUCCACACGAGGAGGAGGGAAAAGAAGGAAAAGAAGGAGGAGAAGAAAAGAAUUCCUCUUCACAAGGAAUUGCUGUAGACACCACAGCACGAGCCCAACUCCCAACACCGCGGGAAAUUCAACAAAUGCGAUCCUUCCGUCAAUCCACACUCAUUCAACACACAUGGACACCAGAGGAAGUGGCGGAGAUGCGGGAACGUAAAAAACGACUGGGUGUUCGCGAUGCCGGCAGUGCGCCUGUUCAUCUCACUGUAAACGCCCUUCAUAAUAUGCGGCUGGAGACGGAACUCGGCAUUGCGUCUAGUCGACAUGCAACUGGACACACCGCCAUGGCAUUAGAGCGACGAACAGAACCGGUGCUUCUUAACCGCAAAUCCCAAACAGGCACCACCACAAUAAUAACCACACAAAGAAAUGAAAGUUUCUCACAAUCACAAUCACAAUCGCAGGGAGGAUGGGUAAGUGGAAUGUCAUUGGCUGAUCUCGCCCCUGGACCACUCUCACCUCUCAACACACAGGAAAUGGGAGGAUCACAAUCUAUAUCGUCUCCAGUACUCUCACAGAAAUUUUUGGAGCGGUGGGAGGAGAGUAAACAAUGUGAGGAGAGUUUCUACGCCUAUGUGAGUGAUGAACGUCGAAGUGCGUACAUGUCAAAGAUUACCCGAAUUACACAACAAAACUAUGAACUUAAUAAACGAGACCGUUUACGUGGUAUUGAUAAUGAGAAACGUUUAGAUCGAAAGGGAAAUUUACUGGAGUCUGGUGGUUUAUGGAUUGUGGAUGAUCAACGUCGUGCCCAACUAGCACACAAAUACCAAAUGGAACAGGAUGGAGAAAACGCAGGCACAACUGCUGGAGAUGGAAAAAAGAAUGCAGUGGAGAAAAAUACAGAAGAUGCAGCGGCGAAUACCACCGCACCGCCUCCACCAAUGCGAGAAGAAGAUGUGAUGCUGCAACGAUUUAUUUCUGAACGGAAAUCACAGGAACUCUCCUUCAGCUCCGUACCAGAUGAAUUCAUGACAGUGGAUACCAUCACAGUAACUCCAUCCUUAUCGGAAAAGAAGGGAAUGGAGGAAUUACAACAACCACAACUACAACCAACACCAACGGCCACAACACGAUCGCCAGAGUUGUUGUUAUUGGGAGCCAGUCCACGUAUUGUAACAUCGCAGCUGCUGCAUCAAGUAGUGAGUAGCUCCAUGAAAAGAGCAGCCACGUAUAAUUCUCUCUCAGUGGAAGAGACACAGAGCGAAACACGUAGUGUGGGAGGUGAACCACCCAGAAAGGCAGCCCGACACGCAUAG